UUCUGUGGUCCGUGUUUGACAUUGACAUUCGGUGUAAUGAUAAUACUACUUCGGUUACUAUUAGGGUUUUCUGAGGUUAAUUAUUAGUAUUUUCUUUUAUGUUAAGUGGAGUUUUAACAUUUUUUUUUAAACGGCGUUAAUAUAAAGUAUGAUUUAUUUAAAUUACUCCAAAAUAAACUUUUUUUUAGUGUUCACGAUAAUAUGUUCCUUCAAUAAUCCUAUAGAUAGUGGGGCUGUGCAACUUACACAACAAAAUUUUGACAUGACUUUAGCUUCCAAUGAAUUAGUUUUUGUAAAUUUCUAUGCCGAUUGGUGUAGGUUUAGUAAUAUCUUGAUGCCAAUAUUUGAUGAAGCUGCAGAAAAUGUAGCUAAAGAGUUUCCUGAGGCUGGUAAAGUCGUAAUGGCCAAAGUAGAUUGUGAUAAAGAAAGCUCCAUAGCCACAAGAUUUCACAUUACCAAAUAUCCAACUUUAAAAGUGAUUAGAAAUGGCCAACCAGCAAAAAAAGAGUAUCGAGGACAGAGAUCUGUGGAAGCUUUCACUAGUUUUGUUAAAAGGCAGAUUGAAGAUCCAGUUAAAGAAUUUAAGCAUAUUAGUGAAUUAGGAAAAUUGGAAUCUGAUAAACGAAUAAUUAUUGGUUACUUUGAUCGCCGAGAUCAGCCAGAAUACAGUAUAUUUAGACGAGUAGCUAUGAAUUUGAAGGACGAUUGCCAAUUUCAUGUUGGUUUCGAUGAAGCUUCUCGUCAAAUGCAUCCCCCAGGUGAACCGAUUGUUGUAUUUAGGGCAGAUAAAGAAAGAUCAGUGGAAGCAGAUGAAACUUAUCCAGGAAGUUUGAAGAACUUUGAUGAGUUGCAUAUUUGGGCCACUGAUAAAUGUGUGCCUCUAAUCAGAGAGAUCACCUUUGAAAACGCUGAGGAAUUGACCGAGGAGGGUUUGCCGUUUUUGAUAUUGUUCCACUCUCCUGAAGAUAAGGAGAGUAUUAAGAAGUACAAUGAGGUUGUUAAUAAAGAUCUCUUAUCAGAAAAACAAGCUAUCAACUUUUUAACAGCUGAUGGUAAUAAAUUUGCGCAUCCCCUCCAUCACUUAGGAAAGAGUGAAAAGGAUCUUCCUCUUAUUGCUAUUGAUAGUUUUCGGCACAUGUAUAUGUUUCCCAAUUUCAAAGAUAUGGAGAUCCCAGGAAAACUGAAACAGUUCGUAAAAGACUUGUAUUCGGGAAAGCUUCAUAGAGAAUUCCAUUAUGGCCCUGAUUCAGAUGAUCAAGGUACCGACAAGCAGCCUACUAAACCACCAGAGAGCACUUUUAAAAAGUUGGCGCCUUCUAAGAAUCGGUAUACUUUACUUAGAGACGAACUUUGAAUUUGUUUGCUAGUGGAUGUGAUUUUUAAGUGAAAGUGCAACAUUUUCGAUGGUAUUAAACUAUUUUAAGUGCUAACAGAAUUUCGUCACAUUGCAACAGUCCAAAUUAGCAAAAAAAAUUUAAAAUGUUACAUUUAUGAGCCUUAAACACUUCUUAACGUCAUUUUAUUAUAAACCCAUGCAAUGUACUUCUACAUUAGCCGCAGGUACCAAGAAGUAAGACAUGAGGAAAAUGAAUAAGUCUCUCCAAAACUUCACUUUAAGAGUGCUAGUCUUUCAGGUGAUAUUCUGUCUUAUAGAAAGCAAAGGAUUCAUGAAUGGCGAGUUGUAUGUAUUCAUUUUUAUUUGCUAUUCAAGCCUUUUUAAGAUUUUGUUACUUACCUCGGAGACUUAUCUGUAAUGAUACAUACACAUAACUGACACUGGGUGAAACUUCUAAGUUUUAUGUUAUUACUUAGUUAUAAGUAUAGCUUAUGCCAUUGUAUUGACAAAUUUUUACAUCACACUUUUUUAAACAGAGCUAUUUGUCUCUUAAAAAAUCUAUUUUAGUGAUUACAAAAUUAACUGCUGGACACUAGAAGCUGAUAAACAAAAAAUGUUUACUGUUUACUUAUAUGAAGGUGAUUUUAUUCACUAUUCUUCCAUUUACUCAGAGGUUUUACAUUUGUAGAAUUUCUAAUUGUGGUGCUAUAGUUUUUUAAAUAAAUUUCAACCAAAUUAAGGAAAACACUAAAGAAAUCUUUUUGUAUUAUAGCUUUCCUUGCUUAUGUAUUCAAAGUAAAAGGCACCAAUUUUGUAUUAUCUUUACUAGUUUAUAGGACUUUUAAUUUGAUCUUUUGUAGGGAUUAAUGGGAGACUUUUUAUUGAACCUAAACUUGCUUAGGAAGGCUGUUAUCGGGUACGUAAUUUUUUUUAAAAUACAGGUUGUAAUCUUUAUUAAUAAAAUUUGCAUUUGGGCUGAAAACGGUUACAAUUUUAUAUAUUUUUUAUGGGGUAGUGGUCAAGAAAUUAAGGUUUAAAUGCUCAAAAACUAUUCCCAUAAAUUAUUUCCAAAAACUGCAAUGCCUUGCUUAAUGUUCUACAUUACAUUGUUGUAAAAAUACUUUUUCGUUAUUGCACACACAGUAAACAAUUUUUGUUUUGUGCCAUGUAAAAAGUUUUUCACAUUUAAUUUUAAGAUGUUUUUUCUUGGUAUCUGUGUCAGUUCAUUUGUCUUUCAGUAUAAGAAAGCAUAUGUAUGUAUCAUUUGUCUUCUCAGAGUUUUGUGACCCUCCAUCCCUAGUUAAUUUUAUCACCUACUUUUAGACAAUGCACAUUAACUUCUUCAUGUUUGUUUUGUUCUGUUUAUUUUUUGUUAUGCUAUUUUUAGCACAUAUUACAAGUUCUAAACAAUAUGUGUUUUUAAGUAGAGAAAGGCUGGUUGUAAAUAAACUGUUCACCUUUUUUUA